CUGGUCGACGUAAAAUAAAAAUUGAAUAUAUCGAUGAUAAAAGCAGACGUCAUAUUACCUUUAGUAAACGAAAAGCAGGAAUAAUGAAAAAGGCGUACGAACUUAGUACUUUGACAGGCACCCAAGUUCUACUUUUGGUGGUAUCAGAAACCGGUCUUGUAUACACUUUUACAACCCCAAAACUUCAACCGCUUGUUACCAAACCAGAAGGAAAGAAUUUGAUUCAAGCUUGUUUGAAUGCUCCUGAUGCGCCAUCAGCUCAAGAUCCAACUUCCACGCAACGAUCUGCAACAAACGCCUCCGUAUACGGAAAUGAUCAAUCAGUUUCUGUAGAUAAUAACAGCAAUGAUGUUGAUUAUGACCGGAAG